AUGAAACCCUCAAAGGCAUCCCAGCGCUAUAGAAGCAUCCGGAGAAACGCCAGCCAGCGCUACCUCUACCAGGAGUCCCUGUUGCUCAGCAACUUGGAUGACAACUUUAAUGCUGAUGAAACAGGGGACAGCAGUGAUCCAGAAAAAAUCUUCCAGAAUAUACAGUUCCAGAAAGAACUCAUGGCAAACAUUCGCUGCAGACCCUGGACCAUGGGACAGAAGCUGAGGGCAUUGAGACGAGCGAAGGAGAUUGUGCUGAAGUUUGAAGGGAGGCUGACCAGGACCCGAGGCUACCAAGCAGCAGGUGCAGAGCUCUGGCGGAAAUUUGCUCGUCUCGCCUGUAACUUUGUGGUCAUCUUCAUUCCCUGGGAAAUGAGGAUAAAGAAAAUAGAGAGUCAUUUUGGAUCAGGUGUUGCGUCCUAUUUCAUAUUCUUGAGAUGGUUAUUUGGGAUUAAUAUUGUGCUCACAAUUAUGACAGGUGCUUUUAUUGUCAUUCCAGAGCUGAUUGCAGGCCAGCCCUUUGGAAGCACAGCCAGCAAGACCAUCCCCAAGGAGCAUGUUGCAUCUGCCCGAGACCUGGACACUGUCUGGUCCCUGGGGGGCUACCUCCAGUACUCAGUCCUCUUCUAUGGCUAUUAUGGCAGGGAGAGGAGGAUUGGGAGAGCUGGCUACCGGCUGCCCUUGGCAUAUUUCCUGGUGGGGAUGGCAGUGUUUGCUUAUAGCUUCAUCAUUCUUUUAAAAAAGAUGGCUAAGAACUCCCGCAUGAGCCUUGCCAGUGCUUCCAAUGAAAACUACACCUUCUGCUGGCGGGUGUUUUGUGCCUGGGAUUACCUCAUUGGAAACCCAGAGGCUGCAGAGAGCAAAACGGCUGCCAUCGUGAACAGCAUCAGGGAGGCUAUCCUGGAAGAACAGGAAAAGAAGAAAAGCAAAAACAUGGUGGUAACGAUCUGCCUGAGGAUCAUUGCCAACAUCCUGGUCCUUCUCUCACUGGCUGGGAGCAUUUAUCUCAUCUACUUUGUGGUGGACCGGUCCCAAAAGCUGGAGCAGUCCAAGAAGGAGCUGACGCUCUGGGAAAAGAACGAGGUGAGCGUGGUGGUCUCCCUUGUUACCAUGUUGGCACCAUCAGCCUUUGACCUCAUUGCCGCCCUGGAGAUGUACCACCCACGGACCACUCUGCGCUUCCAGCUAGCAAGGGUCCUUGUGCUGUAUCUGGGAAAUCUGUACAGUUUGAUCAUUGCUCUCCUGGACAAAGUUAACAGCAUGAACAUUGAGGAAGGUACUACCAAAAAUAACACGAAUCAUUGGACAGAGUUUACCACCUUCUUUGCCACCAGGACAGCCCCUGAAGAGAAGUGGUCCAUGCCUCAGCCUGGAACAGGGCUCAGGAACAACAGCACGUGGGCCUUGGAAGAGGCGAGUGUUCCAACCAUGCCUCUUACAAGAGCCAACAGGACCACCAUCUACACCCAGAGCCCUCAAGACCAAUGCUGGGAAACAUACGUUGGCCAGGAGAUGCUGAAGCUCUCCAUCAUUGAUAUGCUCUUCACCGUGGCGAGCAUUCUGCUCAUAGACUUCUUCCGAGGACUUUUUGUUCGGUAUUUGAGUGACUACUGGUGUUGGGACCUGGAAAGCAAGUUUCCUGAAUAUGGGGAAUUCAAAAUAGCUGAGAAUGUGCUUCAUUUAGUCUACAACCAAGGAAUGAUUUGGAUGGGAGCCUUCUUCUCCCCAUGUCUCCCAGCAUUCAACGUUCUCAAACUCAUUGGGCUCAUGUACCUGAGGAGCUGGGCUGUGCUGACCUGCAACGUGCCGCACCAACAAGUAUUUCGAGCCUCCAGAUCCAACAACUUCUAUCUGGCAAUGCUACUGUUUAUGCUAUUCCUGUGCAUGCUGCCAACUGUUUUUGCUAUUGUCCGAUACAAACCAUCUCUAAACUGUGGACCAUUCAGUGGACAAGAGAAAAUUUAUGACAUUGUAUCAGAAACGAUUGAGAAUGACUUUCCCACGUGGUUCCGCUCCGUGGUCGGGUACAUCAGUAGCCCUGUGGUCAUCCUGCCUGCGGUGCUGCUGCUUUUCAUGCUCAUCUAUUACCUUCAGAGCAUUGCACGAUCGUUAAAACUCAGCAACCACCAGCUCAAGAUGCAGAUCCAAAACGCCAGAUCUGAAGAUAAGAAAAAGGUCGCCCAAAUGAUGGAAGCUCGAAUCCAGACCCAGCAGGAGAGCACCAAGAGGCUUCCAAAAGACAGUGACCUCAUCAGCCAGCGGUCCUCAGUGCACUCGGUGACACCCCAAAACAAUGGCAAUGUGGUCAAUUUCGACUCACUGAGCAGUAAGAGUGGCAGGAUAGAGACAGUCACCCAAUCUGUACCCCAGAGUCCCAGGCCCGAGCACAGGGGUCUCAGCUCACCUCUUCCUGGCAUCUCCAAAUCCAGGCCAGAGCAUGAUACUAACAGGUAUCUACGCGGUCCAUGUGCAAGCACAGGUAACCUUCACAAGACCAGAUCCUGCACACCUGUGACUUUCACAAAGCACAUCGAAGAAAUUAACUCAGAACCUCUUUACCGAAAAGACUUUCAGCAAAUCAGCCCUCCUCUUCAUGGACGAGGGGUCCCGACCUUAGUGGCACGUGGUCGUAGACCCCACGCCCCAAGAUAUUAUGUUGUUAAUGAACGUGACUCUUACAAAAAAACCCAGCCAACUUUCUGGCCAGAAAGACAUUUCCAGAUAGAUGCCCUCGGUGACAUUGUGGAGUUGUACCCCAGAAACAUGUGGCAAUAUGUGUCCCGGCUCCCCCAACAGCCUCGCUCUCCACAGCUGAGUGAGGAAGAGGAGGAGGAGGUAAUGAGGAAAGACUUGAUCAAACGCUCUUUCCCCCCUCAUUCCCUGACAGACCUGCAUCAGGCUCCUCACUUUUACAUUGGUGAAAGGUCAGAAAGUCAGACCCUAGCUCCGGAGCACCGACGAAGGAUGCACUACAAGUCUUGGAAUGAUGGUUUUGAGGGUCAACUUGACAGGCCCACGUAUGUGCACAAAAAGUCACGGUCCCGGAAUUUCCAAUACCCACAGCACCCUCUGAAGCCCAGAACCAAGCCCAAGUUUGAACCGUCCCUCACAGAAUCUGAUUCCAUGUCUGCAGCAUCCAGUAGCGACCAGCAGAACAGCAUCAUUGACCAGCACCUGCAAGUCAUCCGCAGCCGGGGCAAGUCCCCAAGGUCUGUGGGCCACCUCAGCAGGACAAAGGCCAAGUCGGGGCAGGAGCUGACCAUGGAUCUGAGUGGCCUGAUUUGCUCAGAUGUCUAA